GUGCCAGUGUCGGCCAUGAAGCUGGUCAACAGAGGAGGAGGAGGAGGCGGUGGAGGAGGAGAAGCAGGUGCAAAUGGAGGAGAGAAGUCAGCGUUUUCUUUCAAGAAGUGCUCUCCUUUCCAGUUUGUGAAGAGGAAGGUGCGAAGAUGGAUGAGGAAUCCCAAGGUGAGCGUGGAGAAGGUCCAGGGCAAAGGUCUCAUCUGCCCAAAGUGUCCUUUCUCUGACGAGCUGUGUAACACACACUUCCCCUCGCCGUACCCCUGCUGCCACUACGCCGGCUUGCACGGCGCCAACCGCUACCAUGCCGAGCCGCCAUUGCCGUGUUCCAAAGGCUGCAAGGUCAGGAAGUGGAAGAUGCUUUCUCGCCAGAUGAAGGAGUCUGAGCCGGAUGUCCGCCUGGGUUGCUGUCAGUCUUGGGGGAAUCACUGCUCGCCCUUCCUGGCCAGCCCAGUCAUUGUGGAGUGCUCCAUAUGUAGUGGCCCUUACAUCAGCUACGCCCUGGAGGACACCUGGCAGCCACGCCAGCGCACACAGGCCAUGGACCUUUACUACCACAAUGAGUCAGACCCGGACAGCUACUGUUGCCCUGGCGACAACGCGUUCAUGAAACAGAGGAAGAUGGGUUUGAACGACUUCAUCCAGAGGCUCGCUACUAACUCCUACGCCUGCAAACAUCCUGAAGUGCAGUCCAUCCUCAACCUGAGUCCUCCACAGGAUGCUGAGCUGAUGGACGCCAACCCUUCUCCUCCUCCCAGCCCGACCCAGCAGAUCAACUUGGGCCCGUCAUCUAACCCCUCGGCCAAACCCUGCGACUUCCACUUCCUCAAGGUCAUUGGCAAGGGCAGCUUCGGCAAGGUGCUGCUCGCUCGCCAUCGCGCCGACGACCAGUUUUACGCCGUCAAGGUCCUGCAGAAGAAGGCCAUCCUCAAGAAGAAGGAGGAGAAGCACAUCAUGUCGGAGAGGAACGUGCUGCUGAAGAAUGUCAAGCAUCCUUUCUUGGUGGGGCUGCACUACUCCUUCCAGACGGCCGACAAGCUCUACUUCAUUCUGGACUAUAUCAACGGAGGCGAGCUCUUCUACCACCUGCAGCGAGAGCGUUGCUUCCUGGAGCCCAGAGCGCGCUUCUACGCCGCCGAGAUCGCCAGCGCGCUGGGCUACCUGCACUCCCUCAACAUCGUCUACCGGGACCUGAAGCCCGAGAACAUCCUGCUGGACUCGCAGGGUCACAUCAUCCUCACGGACUUCGGCCUGUGCAAGGAGAACAUCGAGCCCAACGGCACCACGUCCACGUUCUGCGGCACGCCGGAGUAUUUAGCUCCCGAGGUCCUCCACAAGCAACCGUACGACCGUACGGUGGAUUGGUGGUGUUUAGGAGCCGUUCUCUACGAGAUGCUCUACGGCCUGCCUCCCUUCUACAGCCGCAACACGGCAGAGAUGUACGACAACAUCCUGAACAAACCUCUGCAGCUGAAGCCCAACAUCUCCAACGCAGCCAGACACCUGCUGGAGGGUCUGCUGCAGAAGGACAGAACCAAGCGACUGGGCUGCACCAACGACUUUACUGAAAUCAAGAACCACAUUUUCUUCUCGCCCAUCAACUGGGACGAGCUCAACGCCAAGAAGAUCACACCUCCCUUCAACCCCAACGUGACGGGCCCCAAUGACCUGCGACACUUUGACCCCGAGUUCACAGACGAGCCGGUGCCCAGCUCCAUCGGCUGCUCGCCCGACAGUGCCCUGGUGACGGCCAGCAUCAAGGAGGCCGCAGAGGCCUUUGUAGGCUUCUCCUACGCCCCCUCCAUGGACUCUUACCUAUAGGACUACAACACCUGGACUCAGAUGGAUAUUGUUUCUUAGUGUGUAAAUAUUCCAGCGUCUACACCCUGCUGUCCAAGGUGGAACUUAUAUUCCGUUACACGCACAAAUACCGAACAAGUAGAUCCCUUUCAGGCAGCGGCACGUGAAGUCACUAAGUACUCACAUCUUCAUCCUGGUCCCAACUUCAUUUUGGUGCUUUCUGUUUUCAUGAAAAGGGAGUCGACUCAAUGUUACAGAGCGGACAUUUUGGUUUGCCCUCCUCAAGGUGCCUUUUUGUUCUGCCAUCCGCAGCCUCUGCGCCUCACGCCCCAACUUUUCAGACUGCAGGUGGGUGGAGCCGCCACCAGAGGACACUGUAGAUCAGAGACUCUCCCUCAAGUGGAACAUUCCAUUUUAAUAUUGCUAUUUGAAUACUAUUUAAGUUUGUAUAGUUUGAGUCAAGUGUACUAGUUGUAAUGUAUAUUGAUGUAAAGACAACUACAAAAGUAUACGUACUGUAGAUAUAGAAAUUAAUGUUUCAAUGUACUGUAAAUUGUAAAAUUGUUUCAAGAUUUAUGUGAGCCUGGCUGGUUUGCAAUAAAAGUUUAAACUUUCUACUACA